GCCAAUGAAGGAAUAGGUAAUAGUAAAACGAAAACAAGCGUCCAUUUUCUUUCUCCUGUAGCUUCUGUAUCUUGAGUCAGUUUUUAAAAGAAAUCUAAUUAUAAUUCAUAAAUGGCGAAGACAUAAAGCCAUCCUAGAGUUUGAAGAAGUACAUUGUAGGUAAAAAUAUCUGCAUGUUCCGCUCGUGACAAGAACCAGAUGAUGAUUGAUCACAUGAAGAUUUCCCGCGAUCCUAUCAUGACAAGGACUAUUACCAAACAUUCGUAACACGACGCUGCCUCAGCAUUGCGUCUGAUAAGACCAGUUCUCUGACGGUCUUUUCUGGUCUUUUUGUUGUGUCUGUUAAUCUUUGAAGGACAUGGUUCGAGCCAAUACUUUGGCCUCCCAGGAGGGUGUAAAGACCCCUCAUCGCAUUGAGUUAUGUGAGCACCAGCCUGUCAGACCUACCCGCACCUAUAGGAAGCGCAGGAUCAUAACUGCCACACCCACUAAGACUGAGAAUGUAGAAGUGAAAUCUGAACCAAAAAUAAAGAAAAUUGAUGUUAAAUCUAAACCACUGAAAAAUUGUAACGGGUUCACAAACAUGACCAACGGACUCAGUGUGCGCUCCCGAGCAGCUCGGGCCGCUGCCCGGGCCGCAGAAAGCCACAAACUAACUGAAUAUUUUAAGGAAGAACUGAAGAGUCCUAAGGUGGAACGUCCACCAACACCCAAAGAUAUAGAAAAGACUGUCAAAGUAGAACCUAAAAUCACAAAUGGAAAUUCAAAUCAUAAGCUAACGGAGUAUUUCCCUGUGAGGCGUAGUGUAAGGAAGACUUCAAAAUGUGUGAUGGCAGAGAAGAUGAGAGAUUUGGAACGGGCUGUGAGAGAACAGAGAGAAGAUGGGCUGGCGGUGGCAUAUUUCGAAGGCAAAGGGCGCGGUAUAAUCGCGACGCGGCCCUUCUGCCGCGGCAGCUUCGUGGUGGAGUACUCGGGGGAGCUGGUGGGCGUGCAGGAGGCUCGCGAGCGCGAGCACAUGUACGCGCAGGACCCGGAGGCAGGCUGCUAUAUGUACUACUUCAGACUGCAGGAUCAACAGUAUUGUAUCGACGCAACGGCAGAAUCCGGCCGCCUCGGUCGCCUAGUGAACCACUCGCGCACCGGCAACCUGCACACUAAGGCGCUGUGGGUGGACCGGCCGCGGCUGGUGCUGCUGGCCGCGCAGGACAUCGCGCCCGGCGAGGAGCUCACCUACGACUAUGGCGACCGCUCCAAGGAGUCGCUUCAGCACCACCCCUGGCUCGCGCUCUGACGUGUCACUGGUAUGUUUCCAGAAAUCUCCGGUGGACUACUGAACGUUAUUUAUUAAUUUAGCUUAAUUGUGAAGUUUUCUGUUAUGACGCUUUGUUUGAAGUUGGACAUAAUAUUCAAUGUUGUUAAGUAUUAAGACGAGUGGCCUAACUACCUGAAUUGACGAGUUUAGUAUCUAUGCUGGAUGUCUUUGCUAAAUGAUGGUCUUUGAUGGCUUUGAAUGUCUAAUAAACUGAUAUUUUACGAACAGACAUACCAGCAUGUAGGUUUCUCAACUCAUAAUGAGUUUUACAUACAGUGGGCUAUGAAAAAAAGAAGCAUGGUUUUAAAAAAGCAAGCAAGGAUUCGGUUUACUAGAAAAAUAAGUUGCAUAAAUAGUAUCAAUUCUUAUUGCAUAUUAAGUCUUAAUCAUAAAUCAACAUUUACAUCUCAAAUAUAAACAAAUUACUUCAGUAACGAAUAUUUUCUGGCACUUGCCUUAAAUGAUUUGUAAUCUUUUUAAACAAAAGGAACGAAAAUAAUUUUUAGCAACAUAUAUUUCUAGUAAACUACUGCGUUCGAAUAAAAUGCAAGUACAAAUAAAUAUUGCGUUUUAAGUGAAAUCUUAUGACCGAUGUCCAAAGGAAUAAUGAUGACUUUGAAACAUGGAAAGACGUCACUGUCUUAUGGUGCCUUCACGAGAGGCCUGAAGACUGGGCCCUUUACUGACCGAGACGCGCGAGCGCCGUCGACACGAAAGUCGACUAAAAAUGGUCCUAGAUAUACCACUUGUUUUGAUGCAAGAAAUUACCUUAAAAUAUGUCCUAGUUGAUUGCAUUAAAUUGUAGUAUGGGAAAAUGGAUAGUUUGAUAGAUAACUAUUAUUUUUGACGCAAAACGCUACGCGUCUGUGCAUUCGCCUAAAUCUGGGACUUAAUUCCUGUUCUGCGUACAUUUAAGUAACCUGAUUAUUUGUGGAAUAAGUUUCUGUUUCCGGGUAUUAUACCAUCGCCCACACUUUUAACACAUCGGUAGAGCUUAUGCCUUUUGUAAUAAGGUCCACCGAUGUACGGUAUGGAACCGAAAAGUUGUAAUUUCGUUUUUGACUGUCACCUUGUAUUCCUUUACGGACACGCAACUAACUCGAAUAGUGUUGUAUUUAUCUUUAGUUUUAAGUUAUUAUUAAUUUUAACAUUGGAAAGACGCAUGGUUGUAAAAUUUGCUCAGUGUAUUAAUGACAUACAUUUUUGAACCCAUCAUCAAUAUGUAAUAUUGGAAAUGCUCUAUCUUCAUACAUUUAAAAGAAAUAGUUAAUUUGCCCACCGAACACAUACGUUACGUUCAUCGCAGUUACUGAUUGGAACCACAUUCAUUCAUUAUUUAAAUUAUUAAAAUCCAGGGUGAUUCCGCUAUCUUAGAAAAUUAAAAUAAAAUUCUAAAAUUAAUAACUUUAAGAUCGAUUUUUCGCUGGCAAAUGUAAGUCUUUGAGAGUUGAGGGGUAGAAGCAAACACUAUUAAGAGUGACACUGCGGCUUUUUACACAUACUGACUUGUUCCUAGUAAUCCUAGUAGUCUAUCAAGUCCCUUAAAGACACGAGUGACUUUCUGGCACCACCAGACCACUAAGCUAUUUAAACAUUAUCUCAUUAUAAUUUUUGGCGCGCCCUGGAUAUAGAACUCCCUGCAUUUUCGUUAUUAUAAAAACAUACAAAGAGUCCAUUUGCGAGACUUGUAGUGAUCAUAAGCGUAAGUGUGAUAGAGACUGUGUCCCGAUUAGAGAAAGUAAGAGAAAGAAAUUGAGAAAUUUGAGAAUAUAAAGGAAAUGCCCUCGAGCGUCAGCGAUUUACUAAGACUGAAUUUAACGUUUAAAAAGUAAUUUAUAAACGAUUUUUUUACUCGAAAAUCGUUGACUCUCGAAAUUUGAUACACGACAGUUAGAGGAAUUUUAAUGUUAAGAAAAAUUUUAUAUGUCACUUAGUGUAAUUAUUUGUAAGUUAGAACCGGUAGGUAGCCCUAAUCACCGAACGUUUAGAUAUUUAUGACGUCCUUGUAUCGCCUAUCGUUCACCAGUAAUUUAAGGUAAAUCAUCUUAGCGCUUUGUUUCUCGUACAUUAAUUUUGAAAUAUUUCAUUUUGCAAUGACAUUCACAAUAUAUCACUGCCAGACUUUAAAUAGGUAAGUCUUGAUUGGUUUGGUAUUUGUAAGAAUCUUAUGGAUUUCAUUCUUUCGUGUGAGGAAAUUCAUAAGGUAAACUAGGUCAUUGAUCCCAUUCGCCAGGUGUGCAUAGGUUUUGUGAUUUCCAGUUAGAAGAUACUCGUACAUUAUAUUGAAUCUUUGGCUGUAGAUUUGUAGAACCUGUCAAUGUACAGUACCGGCCAAUAAUAUAAUAUAUAUCACCUUUGUGUGUUUAUGUAUGGACUUGUAUAGAGUAAACAAUAUAGGUUAAGUUUGUAGAUUGCAUAUUUUAUUAGUAAUUUUAUACAAAUAUAUGAUGAAUACUGCAAUGAAAUACUGUGAAUUACAAUAGGAGACUCAGCACAUUACUAAAAACGUUAAGGUGAACAUAUAUUCAAACGAAAAACCUCUAUGAAACAACCAUUACAUAAGACCAAAUUUUCUCAUAGCUCAUACAAACGAGUACUACUAGACUACCUAAAUUAGUACGAAGUCACUCACAAAUAUAAAAAAAAAAGUGUUAUACUGUAAAAACAUGGAGGUGAUAUAUUAUUGGCCGGUACUGUAUUUAGUUUAAAUACCAUUUGUUUUAGACUCAAGGUCAAAUGUAACUAAGCAUGGUUCCGCAUGCCAGUUGUAAGCGUUUAAUGCAUAUGUCCACAAUGGAGUGUCAAUGACCUUUGCGUCUAUACGGAGCUUGAACAACUGGUCGACCUUCGGAUUACGAACUAUAUAUGUUGCAGUCAAAAGUGUGAACUGGUCAAAAUAACUUUUAACCGACAAAAACAGGCAAAACUGCUUUUGACUGAGCAUGUUGGUCAAAAGUAGUUUUACCUGAAAAUCAUACCUAUUUCUGGCAGCAGUUUCGUUUUUAGGGCGUAGCAAAAAAAAAAUAACCUUAACCUACCUAUCUCUGGGAACAGUUUCGUUUUUUGGGCGUAGCAAAAAAAAAAUAACCCUAACCUACCUAUCUCUGCGAGUACUUUUGACUGAUAGUAACAGUCACAAUUACUAUUAACCAAUGAUUUUCAGGUAAAACUACUUUUGACCAACAUGCACAGUCAAAAGCAGUUUUGCCUGUUUUUGUCGGUUAAAAGUUCUUUUGACCAGUUCACACUUUUGACUGCGACAUAUACAUAUGGUGCACUUGAUUUCUAACAUUUUCAUGAUAUAGGAUAAUGGGGACCCUUUGUUUGACAUAAAGUUUUAAGCCAUAAUGUAUUGUUUGUCGUAUUAUCAUUAGUCCUAAUUCUUAAACCGUUAACUUUUCAGGAUUUUCUUAAGGUUAUUCAAGAGAUAGGUUAGGUAUGUUUUAUGGCAAUCCAGAAAAGUUACGAGUUUCUGAAAAAAGAAAACAAAUGACUGACGAAAAUGCGGGCAAACAAUACAUUAUAUGACUUAAAACUUUAUGGGAAACAAUAGAGACCCAGGCUAAUGUUGCUGGACAGUAACCUUGGACUAAAUAUAAACUCUUGUUAUUAUGAAGAAAACAAAUGGCUAUGUGGGCGAGGUUUUCAAUUUAAAAUGAAUACACAUUUAUUGUUAGAAAACAAGAGCUUGUUAAUGUUAUUUUUGGACAACUCGCCCGUUUAGAUCGUUACUUCUGCUGCUGAUUGUGCUUAGAGACUAGUAAAAAAAUAACAUAUAAAUUUUCAUACAUGGGUUUUAAGAUAUUUUGAGAGGGAGGUCAAAGAGCCAUGCAAAAUAUAGCUAUUUGACUGAAACCUCGCAGUGCCGCCAUCUAUUUUUUAGAACUGACAAAAAUUCAAGUGACGUCUAACUAAAAAAUAAAAGAUAUUCUUAUACCAGGCGGCCGAUUUUUGAAUUUCGAUCGUUCGAUUUCGUCACUCGAAAAUCGGUGGAAAACUGCGAAAUGCUAAUUUUUGAAAUACGAGCAAUAGAAAUUGGGAAUCUAGUGGUAUUGACCACUCGUUUUCAAUUCUAUUAGUAGAAUUUAAAUGCCUAGUAGUGGAGAUAUUAUUGAACGAAAUACACGAAAUCGAGUGGUCGAAUUUCAAAAAUCGGCACCCAAGUUCAGCAACAUCACAUCUCUAUUAGUAUUGCUUUCGUAGUUCCUACUCCUGUAUACUUAAUACUAACGCCUCGUGUGAUCCUAACCCUAGUUAAUUGACAUACUUCUAAAGCCUUAUGAUCGCUAAUAAAGAGGAGGUCUAGUGAGACUGGACAUGAAUUAUUGGAACCGUUGUGUGGUAGGUUACUUUGGGACUAUUGAAACAAACAUCGGUAUACGUCUAAAGCUAUAAUAAUUAUGAAAAAAAAUCUUAGGACCUGUACAGACGGACGGCAACUUCGACGUGCAGGGGGCCGAUUUUUGAAUUUCGAGCAUUCGAUUUCGUCACUUGAAAAUCGGUGGAAAACAGCGAAAUGCUUAUUUUUUAAAUACGAGCGAUACAAUUUGAGAAUCGAGUAGUAUUUACCACUCGUUUUCAAUUCUAUUACUAGAAUUUAAAUGCCGGGUACUGGAGAUAUUAUUGAACGAAAUACACGAAAUCGAGCGGUCGAAAUUCAAAAAUCGGCCCCCAGUUCCCAUAUUCCCAUACAAGUUGCAGUCAGUCUGUAUCGGCCCAUAGCUUUCUUGUUAGUUGAUACAAUUAUUGUUUCAAUAUGUUUCAAGUUGCUACCAACCAAAUGGUGUUUUAAAAUGUCUCCGCAUAAUUUUACAUCCUAAUAACUCUAGGUUAAUUAUAUUAAAUAUUUUAAAUAGAUUAAUAUAUUCCGUUCAAAUUCAAAUAUUGUAAUGCAUUUUGUUUUAAGUAUAACCCGUAAGUGAUAGUGGGGUAGCACUGAAUACUGUUAACCGCGGUUUGGUUUGAGUUAGUAUGAUUUUUUAGAUGUUGUGAGCUACUUUUGUAGAAUUAUGUCUCGAAUACACGAGUUAAGCCGCUUGACUAAACUACUGACGCCAAGUUUUAUAGUCUUUAGACUUAGUCGUAUUCACGUGGCUUUCUCAUGUAAUUGUAUCUUACACCUAUCUGGGAGAACAUUAACUAGCUUUAAGUACUUUUAUAUCCAAUUACAACAUAGACAAUUAACUUUUUUUUACAUGUGGAAGAUGUGAAUCAAAUUGAUAACAAAAAUAAAGUGUAAAAUCAUCUAGGUAAGCUUGAUGCUGAAACUGGAUUGUCUAGAGUUAGAUUUUGACUUUGGACUGAAGUUUUUUACUGAAACAGUCUUAUGGUCGGGGUUAAAGCUAAGAUAAAAUUUAGUUUGACGUUCACUACUAUCCUGCAGCAAUUCAAAACACGCCAAUCUCGCUUAUAUUGAUUAUAUGAUAAAAAAAACGUUCAAAUAUGUAGUUACUAGAAUAAUACACAUUAUUUAUAAUUAUUCUGUAAUAAAACAUGAAAUGUUGGAGGAUGGCAAACUUACGAAUUUUAUACCUUUUUAGUUAUGUGUAUAAUUUACAAUACAACAAGAUAUCCACAUUACCUAAUUUACGAAGUUAUGUCGCCGAAUUACCUAAUUAGUAAUCAUGUUAAAAUGGACUAUUUUUGUAUAAUGAAUAGAUUUUUUAGACCACCUCAAGCUAAGAUCACCCAAGAAAAAAUAAACACAGAAGUUAGGGUCCGAUUACACGAGUUAAGGGCCCCACUGAUUAACAAUCCUCCGGACGGUAUCGGCCUGUCAAAAUAUGGAGUGUAGAAGUAAAGGAGAGCUAUCUUUUAUAGUAAGACGGUUGUAAAAGUGUCCAGCAGUCAAUUGAAAUAAUAGUUCGAAAUCUCUCCGGUGGCGCUAGGGUAGCACCCAGACAUAACAUGAAUUUAGACCUUAUUGACUGAGUGAAGUGCGCUGUCAAUUAUUUGAAGUUAGAACAAAAUUUUGACAAUUCCGAACAACUGACAGGCCGAUAGCGUCCGGCGGACUGUUAUUCAGUGGGCCCCUUUACGUGGCGAACGACUAAGAUAAGUCGAAACCUACGUCAGUUAAAUAGAAAAGGCUAUUGUAAUCAUGCCUUUAUACUUGUAGAAUAAUGUUUUCUUGAACAAUAUUAAUUUACUGAAGUGUUUCUUACUUUUUAACAUAGAUGUAUUUUAUUUAAUAUAUGAAUUGUUUUUGUCAAGGGCAGUUUAUUACGAGGCUGGUAUUUGUUUGUUAAUAAUGAGAUGAAACAAUUGCCGAUUGGAUAUUACAUUUUACAUUUAGCAACAGUAUUGUUAUGGUUAAUUUCCUACUUAGCGGUGUUAUGAGACUUAUUUAUUUUGGAAUAAGGGCACCGUGCACUGCCCAAAUAAUAAUCAGUAGUGAUUGAGUGAAAUAUAAAAAAUAAUGAACUUUGA